CACCAUUCCACCGCGAGAAGGACGGACGUGGCAGAAUGCUCAGACUUCGGGGCAUGCGGAACAGCCAAGAUGCGAAUCCAUCGAAGCCACCUUUGAAGAAGAAUGAAGAGAACGACGAAAAUUCUGGACAGGGUGGACGAAGAUCGACCCGACACAAGGUGAAGCGACUUCCACUCGGAACCCUUCCUGGUCCAAACGCAACGUCGAUCGACAAGAGCACACUCAAUUCCAAGAAACGACCUCUGGAAGACUACAACAAGGGACCAACAAGUCGUAAACGUCUCGACCACGACAUCUUGACCGAUGAGGAGUACCAUCCCCACGAACAUGCUUCAAAGUCGCAAGUGUCACGCCGAAACACUGUCGGUAUAGCGUAUCCAACCGUCAGGAACGAUGCUACUCCUGCCGCCAGUAUGUCGUCAAGAGAUGCGUCCAUGGCGGCUGUCCCCGGUGGUGCUCGACAUUCCCACACCACAGAGACAGACGGCAUUGUAACCCCCAUCCCACUCGCCCCACCUGCGAUGGAGUCCAUACAGGACGGUACCAUGGUGAGUUUAUUUUCAACGGGACGGGGAGCCUCUCUCCGCGUUUCCGCUGCAAAGACCAAGUCAUACGAAGCCUUGCUGUCGUCGGACGCGCUCGACACCGGCCCUGUCCAACCGGCACCCAUCGCUGCCACUCCCGCUCUGGGCGUUGAAGUCACAGGAAGCACCAACCCCCGGCCAACUGCCCUUCCUCCACCCAGUGUCAUGGUGAGUUUGUUUCAGACUGCGCGAGGCACGCAAGUGAACGUAUCAUCAGCCAAAGUUCGCGAGUACGCUGCAAAGCUACAAGAGUCGCCCGUCCGAGAAGAGGAUCAUGGUGUCCAAGCUACAGUCGACAGCACGACAGUACCUGGAACGGUUUCGCUCCUCGACAAGGCAUCCGCAUCAACAGUCGACAGUCGACAGCCUGAACGAAGCGCACAGGGUACCAUGUCACGAACCAGCCCACACGACCAAGAUUCAACCGUGAGCAUGUUUCAAUCGGCCAAACGCGGCCGGCCGCUCCACGUGUCGGCAGCGAAAGCCGCCAUGUACGCUCAAACUCUGUUUGCGACCGAAUCGAACGUACUCCAGAUCGACCCAUCAUCGUUCCGUUUGGUUUCUGCAUGUCAAUUGGAUCCAGUGACGAUCUCGGCGGACAAGGCGUACGAACGACUGUUGUGUUCACACGACAAGGAACUACAACAACUACCGGGGAUUCCACCCUUGAAGAACAAGGUAGAGGCGCUCUCAACCCCACAACUCUCGAUGAGCCAACAACAUGGACAAGACAGCGACCGCGUACCUCAUGAUGAUGAUUCCAAGCUCAGAAAUCACCGACAGGCAACGGCGCAUGCGACAGAGUUGGCCGAGUCUGUGGAUGGUCCUUUCUCUGUGGUGAGUUUGUUCACGUCGGGAAGGGGCCGACCGGUCGAGAUAUGUGUCGACAAGAUGCAAGCCUACGAGCGCCAGUUGUUUGCAGACGACGACGAUGAGCCAGCUCCCCCCACCAUCGAGGAGGUCGAGGCAUGCUCCAACACACCCAGUUCAAACAUCACGAUGGUGAGAUAUUCUUCACGUCUUGCCAACAACUUCAAGCACCACGACCAAGGCAGCAGCAUGCACACCACUCGACGAGAAGACGACCACAAGUCGCCUGCGACAGCGUUCGUCCCACAUGUGACAUCGUUGAACAGUGAUCUUAUGAACAUCCUCAUGGCAGACAAGGGCGACGUAUGCAAAGAACGUGCGGUGGCUCGUGGUUGCACGAGUCGAGCGCCGGUGGACGUCUGUGGAACCUCCAUCAACGACGACGAUACAUCGACUGACUGUGGGGAAACAGCAACCCUCGGCAACAUGCAGCGAUCGUGUACCAUCAACGGGUCGCCGCAGCAGCAUGCUCCAGAGCGAAAUCACCUGGCUCAGUGUCCCCGCGAACGUGGACAAGAUGAGGUGGAUGGCGUUCAUCCAAAUGGACAUCAAGAUGCUAGUUGUACUGGAAUCGAUGCGACCAGCUGCUUUGAAACGGCGGCCGGCCGACAAGUGAAUGUGUCCAUGGAUGAUGCCGCCUUGGAGCUACUAUCAGACCCUAUGGUCGACGACAACAUGCAAAACACCGACGUGCAUGCCCAUUUGUCCAAGUUACAGCCAGCAGUACCAGCACUACCACAACUCCACAGUGACACUCUUGCAAGUCCAAUCUCAACUCACAUGUCGUCCGUUCCUUUUGCAACCAACCACCCACGCUCUCGACUACACGAGUAUAAUGCUCGAGAACUCAAACCUUCUCGGGGGGCUUCCACUCGACGACAACCCCACCGCACAAGUGCGUUUCAAGCCCCUCGGAAGCUGGCCAAUCCCAUAGCAAAAAUCCACUCGGACCCCGGCAGAGCUCUAGCUCCUCCUCGUCGUCCAGUCGUCGUCGCGGCAUCUGCCGUGCCGUUCCCCGUGUCCAUCUCUGAGUCGUGGAAGUUCCCACAGUUGGCGAAAUGUCCCCGAGCCUUUAGCCCGUAUUCGUUCGAGUCGGCGACCACGAUCCAUGCAAUCUCGGCCGAGAAUGCUCAUACUGUGCGCUUCAAUCACGUGGGAAGGCCGGAAUUACUCCAUUGCGCAGACGGCGGCAUGACGUGGAGUGCUGGGGACUUGUACGAGUACAUGGUGGCACAGCGUCACAUGGUUCCGUCCCUGGGCGCGUCGCGUGCUUGGUUUGUCAACCAUUUCCGAUGGAUUGUGCUGAAAUGCGCGGCCAUGGAGCGGACGUUUGCCGCGCAAUUGUUUGGAAAGUACGUCACCCAAGCCCAAGUCGCGUCUCAGCUUUGUCGUCGCUUUCACCGAGAGCUCGAGAAAGCCGAGCGCUCCAUCUUGCUCAAGAUAUUCCAACGGGACGCCCAUCCUGGGAACGCCAUCGUGCUGUUCGUUGCAGCCGUGUACCCAACCCACUGGGUCCUCAGCGACGGGUGGUAUGGCAUUGCAGCCGUGCCAGAUGGCCAUUUCAAGGGGGUAAAGACCUCUCUCUGUGGCACUAAAGUGGUGGUGUGGAAUGCUUCGCUCGUCAACGACGCCGAAGGAAUCCAUCCAUUGGAGGCGCGAGUGAACCAGGUGCUGGACGAUGAUAGCCAGCCAUUGAAAACGUUUGACAAGGACAAGGACCCGUACUUGGCGCUGCAUGUCAACAGUACGCGUCGGGUGCACUGGGCCACCAAGCUCGGGAUGGAACCGCCUCGUCCAAGCUGUGGGUCGUCGGCGGCGUACUUGCUGCAAAGCCUUCCCCUCCGGUCGUUGAAACAAGAUGGAGGGUUGGUUCGAUCUAUUCGAUGCGUGGUCCUUCGCGUAUCUGAGCUGUUGGUCCUCCAGCCAAAAGAGUCGACCCAAGGCCGCCACCCUCGGGUGAUUCCAGACAAGUUUCUGCACCACAUGCUGUCGUCGUCGUCGGAUCCUCUGCUUACCAACCACACUACUGCCAGUACUACUAGUGCGCCAACGCCGUUCGUUCGACUGCGUGUCGCCUGUUCGCAUGGAGCGUGGGCCGUACGAGCUGAAAUCACCACUCAAAAAAGGCUGCGGUCGUCCAUAACCACCACGGCCAUAUUGACUCUAUGGCGACCUUCCGAAGAGAUGAUGCAAAUCGCAUGCAAUGAAGGCGCCGAGAUCUUUGUGACCAGCGUCGCCGUGUCGUGGACCCAUGACCAACUCGGACUGACCAGCUCCAAACACACCACCAUCCAGCGCAUCAAGUCUGACAAGACUGCCCAAGCGUUUGUCGGGUACGAGCCGCGAUCGGCGCUGACGGCGCUGGACAUGAGGAACAAGUGCGGCAAGGAUGUUGAUACAUGUGUGUACCUUGUGCACGUGACCAACGACUAUGCAUUCGCCACCGACCCAUCGUGGGCUAUUUUGUGUGUAAAGUUGCCGCGAUGGGGAGCCAAGGUGUGGAAGAACGGCACCCUGGUAUGCCUUCGCAACGUGUUUGUAUCGCACUAUGACGCGCACUUGGACGUACUGGACUGCGUCAUGACCGACACGGCGACCAUUUCCACGUCCCCGCCCGCCCCCUCGUCGUACUUUUGGGCCCCAUUUCUCGCCUUGAAAGAGCUUUUCAUAUGCGACAGCGCAACAUCGACUCGUGUGACAGCGCUCCGCCGUCGCAUCUGCACCACCAUUUUGAACCACGAUCCGCCGCCGUCUACUUCUUCUCCCAUCCACGUCGACGAUAACGUACCCAUCAACAAGAAAGAAGGUCAAGUUGCUCGGCCAUCAACCGACAUGGAAAGUCGCCACGUCACUGGACAUGCCAUGCACGUAUACACGCUGCCAACGCCCAUCCACGACCCAGUCCAUGGACUCCUCUCGGCCGUUUUGUACGUUGACACGGGGGCUCAAGUGCACGAGAUGUUGGUCCCAGCUCAUGUGACGACUCAAGUGACAUCGGCCGUGGCCUGCCGUCAACUGGUCCACGUCCGCGUCCAUCUCGGCGGCAUCGACGACGACAUGAUCAACAGCUGCCGCAGUUGGGAAGCUCUCGAGCCAUUCCAUACCCGUCGUGUGGUCGCGGUAAACGUCCAACGGGUGUCUCCGUCGAGUCAUAUUCAAGUGUUGUUGCAACGCUUGGGUACGAAUCCCUGAUAUUAUUAUGGUUGUGUGCGUAUAACCGUUCUAUUUAUUGUGGUAUAUUCGAUACGAAUUUCCAAACCCCGUCGAAUCGAAUCACGAAUCGACGCGAUUGGCUACU